UAUGCGUGUGAAGUGUAUAGUGUAUAGUCCUGAAAAUUUUAGGAGAAAAUCAUGUCUUUGGCAAAUAUGUAAAUUCAAACUGAAUAGAUGUUUUUGCUGUUAAUCAUUGCUGUUUAAUCAAACUCUCUCUCUCUCCUAUACAAGUUGUUUAAAUCUUAAACUUGAAGCCAGAAAAAUGUAUGCAACUGAUCACCUUGAUCGCACUGUAUUGCGGUUUUACUGACAUGUGAAAGUAUGUAUGACAUUUACAGACCUAUUCACUAUGACUCACAUAUUUAACAAGCACUAGACCUGAGUUAUGUGACAGGUGCACUGACUCAUAAGCACAUAUCAUCGUUUAGGGACGUAAUAACGUGGUGUGAAAACUGUAGUGGUAGCUGAACAGCAGCCAUCACUGAUACAGACUCAAUUACAAACUGUGAGCAUAACAUUUUGAAUAUAAGGUCUACAAAAGUGAAGAAAAUUUAUAUCAAAUAUGCAAACUUAUAAUAAAAAUAUUUGUCUUAUCACUGAAACAUCGUGAACAUUUCAAUCCUAAUGUUUUCUCCCAGAUCAUACACUGUAAUGCCUACAAACGGAACUUACAUCAGCCUCAAUUUGAUACAGAAGAGUUGCCAUUCACUAACACUAGAUGGCAGCAUUCUCAUUACCACGUAAAUCAGAGGACUGGACUUAAUGUGUAAAAUAUACUGAAUGUUUUCCUAUGGCAGAAAAGCAUCCGUUUCAACAGUGUUUUGUUGUGAAUGUCUUUAACCCGAUAAACAAGCUUUAAUGUAUAGUGUGACUAAAUAUUCCAAGGACCAGCUAGGCCUCACAAUAAUUAACCUAUUUAAACGUGAUAAGGUCAAACCAGUGUAAACAUCUAGUUUGUUUGUUUGUUUGUUUUGCAGGGCAAGCUAAUUAGCUCUCUUAAAUUUUAGCACCUUUGGUCUUUUGGAAAUAUGAACUAACUUUGCUGUUGCUGUUGUUUCCUACAUUGAUAAGCCAGAAAACGCUGUUUAACAUUGUGAUAACUUAUUUGCAUUUUACACUGUUUACCUUCUCACAUCUGCCUCAUCUGCUCCAGGCCUGUUCAGCAGCUCCAUCGAAAAAUCGAUCGUCAACCCCUGCCCGCAUAGCAGGCCCGUCCUCCUGCUGCUCGCUCUCGAUUACUCUGGCCUUGAUAGACUCGCGUUUUUUCUUUAAGGAACUGAGUCCAGUUAGUCAGUUGUCAACAGGCUGAGCAAGAAAAGGAGCGAAACAACUUGGUACGUGGAGCUGAAAAGACAAACGUUACUGUACGUCCCGGUGUCGAGGGAAAGCCGUUGUGGAAGUUCAGUUUUGUUCGGUGUGUCCUGACAAAAAUGAAGUCUCCGUAACACGAAGCCCCCUGAGCAUCAUGGACAUGUGAAACCUGACUCUUCAGUAGGCAGAUGAAAGUCCCAGGCUGGAUUGAAUGGCACUGAGGAUACAAGACUGUGACUGAGUGGGAGUACUGCAAUGACCAGCCGGCAUCCUAGCCAUGCAGAGAGCGCUCACUCCACAGACAAACAACCACCUGCCGUGGCCCCCAAGCUCCAUGUGCAGCGAUCGCUGUCAAAGGAGACAGUCACCAUCCACUUCUCAGCUUUUGGGAAGGAGGAAGAGGAGGAGGAAGAAGAGCUGCACACUACAACUGUCUCCACUACCUCAGCUGCUCAGGAUGACUCAAACAUUGUGACAGCCUUAGAAGCAAGCGAGGAGAUGUUUGAAGGGGCGCCAUUGGACUCUGCAGCCGAGGUUGCUGUCAUUCCUGAAUCACCCAGACUUUCUCCCAUUUCUAGACAUCACACUAACAGUUCUUCCACACAAACUCUGUCAUCGCGUAUUGCUGAGCAGAAGAGCUCAACUUCCAGCUCCUUUCCUACUAAAUCUUUGAGCUUUCCCUCCAGCGACAAACCUUUUCUAAGUCUGGUGAAGUCUCUUUCCUCUGACAGCGAGUCUCGUGACGGGGUCUCUUCUGUUCCUGCUCCAUCAGUAAGGCACAGGCAUCUCAUGAAGAAUCUCGUCAAAUCCUUAUCUUCAGAUACAUCCCAGGACUCAUCCUCAUCCUCCUCCUCCACACCCUACCGUCUUCCAGAGUCCCGCCUUAACCUUCAACUCUUCAAGCAAUUCACACAGUCCCGAAUGCCGUCUGCUACUAUGUCGUCAGCCGGUGACUCUAAAACGGCCCCUUCCUCUCCAUUAACCUCGCCAGAUAACCGCAGUUUCUUCAAAGUCUCAGAUGUCGAGGCACGAAUUGAGGACACCAAGCGUCGUCUCUCUGAAGUCAUGUCCGAGCCACUCCAGCUGCUGAGUAAGAUCAUGGAUGAAAAGAGUGGCAGCUUAGUUAGCAGCAGCAUUUACCGACCAAAGGCCCUCUCUGUCAGUGCCUCAGAACUCUCCAACAUUACUUCCAUAAAUGGUCACCUGGAGAGCAACAACAAUUACUGCAUCAAGGAGGAAGAGGGAGGUGACUGGGAGGCUGAGAGCCCCAACAGUGCGGCCUCAGGUCCACCUGAAUCGCCAGUUUCCUCUGCUGUUGACACUAAGAGCCCCAACAGAUCAUCUCUACUUUCCAUGUCACUGGACAAGUGCUCUAUGUCUGCUCUUGCUAAACAGGAGGAUGAGGACUUCUGCAUCUUGUACAGUGAUGACUUUGACACUUGUACUGACACCGAUGGUGGUGGUGAUAGAACUGAGGAUACAGGAACUGGUAGUCAAACUAAAGUGCCACUAAGUGGUAGUACUGAACCAUGCAGUGAAGAUGAAUCUGAAAGUAUUAACCCGGUAUCCAGUAUUCCACACUAUACUCUCAUCAUCCUCACUGUACUGGUCUAUGGCUAUUUUGUAUUACCUCUGCCCAGUUACAUUGGAGGAAUGCUGCUUGGGAUUGGGCUUGGAUUCCUUUUAGCCAUCGGUGUUGUGUGGCUGACGGGACCAAAACCUUCUGGUGGCUUUAGACAUUCCAGAAUCAACGGGAAGCUGUGGAGUCUGACCAAGUUGGACAUUAAGGAACCAGAAAUUUAUAAGGGCUGGAUGAAUGAGAUAUCGAACUAUGACCCAGAGACGUACCAUGCCACGCUGACACACUCUGUGUAUGUCCGGUUGGAGGGCGCCAUCAUUCGUCUGUCUAAGCCCAACCACAACAUCGCCCGCCGUGCUGCACACAACGAACCAAAACCUGAUGUCAACUACGUCAGUCAGAAGAUCUAUGACCUGACCAACAGCAAAGUGUAUCUAAUGCCUCAGAGCCUGGCCAGGAAGCGUGUAUGGAACAAAAAAUACCCAAUCUGCAUCGAGCUCGGCAAACAGGAUGACUUCAUGUCGAAGGCCGAAGGUGACAAGUGUGAGGCCGGCGAGGGCAUGGGCAUAAGGGACAGAGGAGAGGCGAAUGGAGGAGUGCAGGAGCGAGGGUCUUCGUCCAGUAGAGACCUGACCCUUUAUCUAUUCGGAAGGACUGGGAGGGAGAAGGAGGAGUGGUUCCAGCGGUUUCUUUCAGCUUCCAGGCUCAAGGCAGACUUGAAGAAAACCUCCAGCGUUCCUGGGAGUAAGAGCGCUCUGAGCUCUCACAGUCGCAGCAGCAGCCGAAGCAGUCUGGACGAGGCGCUGCUAUCUCAGCCCAGGUCAAAGGACUCCUCGGUCUCCUCGACAGCAGCAGGCGGUGCCAAAACCAAGCCGCUACUGGAUUACAGUGUCUAUAUGGCCUCUUUACUGCCAGAGCAGGUGACAGUCAGCCCUACAGCUGCCAGCCCUGUUCUCCAGAGUCCUCAGAGCAGCCCUGGAGCUGACAAGAAGCUCCAGAGCGCCACUUCAGCUCAGGUGCAGCCCAGGGGGGAGGAGGAGGCCGUUGCCUGGGUGAAUGCGGCUCUUGGUCGGGUCUUCUGGGACUUUCUGAGUGAGCCCUACUGGGCUGAACUGGUCUCUAAGAAGAUUCAGAUGAAGCUCAGCAAGAUACGGUUGCCUUACUUCAUGAAUGAGCUAACCCUGACAGAACUGGACAUGGGCUCAGCCACUCCCAGAAUCCUUGGGGCAUCCAAACCUUCCAUUGACUACAGAGGUCUGUGGUUUGACCUGGAGAUUUCCUACAGUGGCUCCUUCCUGAUGACCCUGGAGACCAAGAUGAACCUCAUUCGCCUGGGCAAGGAGGGAGAAAACCUCCGCUUAGGGGAAUUUGGCAAAGAUGGAUACAGGCCACGGACUUACUGCCUGGCUGAUAGUGAUGAAGAGUCAUCCAGUGCAGGCUCAUCAGACGAGGAAGACUCCUCAGACGUCUCGAAUGACUCUGCUGGAGCAGAAGGUUUUGUUGGAGGCCACAAGCCGAGCAAGAUCAUGCGCUUCGUGGAUAAGAUUACCAAGUCCAAAUAUUUCCAAAAGGCCACGGAGACAGAGUUCAUCAAAAAGAAGAUGGAGGAAGUGUCCAAUACACCGCUCCUGCUCACUGUAGAGUUGCAGGAACUCCAAGGAACCUUGGCUGUCAACAUACCCCCUCCACCCACUGACAGGAUAUGGUAUGGCUUUAGGACACCACCUCGCCUCGAACUGAAGGCACGACCCAAACUGGGAGAAAGAGAAGUCACUCUGGCUCAUGUCACAGACUGGAUAGAGAAAAAACUGGACCAGGAAUUCCAGAAAAUCUUUGUAAUGCCAAACAUGGACGAUGUGUGGCUGACUAUCAUGCAUUCUGCCACGGACCCGCGCACAGCCAGCGGAUCGUUUGUCGUUCCUGCAGUGGACCCAGAACCUUCCCAGCCAGACAGGGAAAACUCCAGCCAGCCAUGAAGAAUGUUUACAGUGUUUCCUCGAGCUUAUGAAUUCUCAAAAUGGGAACUGGAGCCAAAGUCGAUAGGUUGUAAACACUACUGUAAUACAAACACAUUCCCGUAGUGAGUGGGUCUCUCACUUACCAUAGAGGACAAUUUUAAAGAAACAAACAGUGAAAACAAACUGUUGCUUGCUGCUCUGUUCAGUAGUAUUUAUGGUGCCAGAGGAAAAGGUGAUUUCUCUUUGAAGGAUUUAUAUAACAAUAUGGACCUAUUGAAUAGGGACUAAUAUGUGAACAGAGUCAUGUUUGGCUCAGAAUUGGGGGUGAUUUAAGUAAACAUAUGGGGAUAUAUAUACAUAAGUUUAUAAUGUCCUAUGAACAUUGAUGUUGGAGCAUUCACCAGAUACCUUACAGCCUGCAGAUGACAAGUCUCUGCUGAGGCUUGAGAGUGAGAUAGAGCACGGUAGCCCCCCUUUUAUAGUAGAAAUACAGCAAGUGGUGAUUCACAGUAUGAUAGUAUGUUGAAAUUAGAGGUUUUUCAUAGUGAAUGGUCAGCAUGUGAAGGAGAGUUGUCGUUUCCACUGUUGAGAAAUAAAAGUAAGCAGAUUUAAAAAAAAAAAAAAAAAAAAAAAGUGUAUUGGAAAAGCUCAGAUACUUGAUGUUAUGUUGAUUUACCAUAAACAAUAAUCCUUUAAGUGGCUUUAUGCGAGCGGUUUUUGAUCAGGUGUUAACUAAAAGUAUUUAUUUGUGCUGUGACCACACCCUGAACACCCCGUUCAUUUGCCAAACUCCUCUUUCUAUGCCAAUGAUGCGGUUAUCUAUGUCUAUAUGGAAGUAAUGCUGAAGAGCAGAUAUGCGUUAUGUAGAAGAAAUGUCACACUAUGUAAAUUCCAUACUAAUGACAAAUACAGAAACACAGUAAGUGCAAUGAUAGAAACACUACACAGGCUUUAGUAUGAUUUUGUAUAGAUAUUAUAUUAAAGUGUAUGUCUGAUGAGAAGUACAAGGCCUCUAACACGUCUAUUGAAUGUAUGUAUGGAUCGUUUUGGUUUCUUUUGUUGUUGUAUGAAAAAUGUUUUUACCCAGCCACGUUUUGACUGGGGUAUGCAAGUUAUUGCACAAAAACAAGUGAAAUUCCUCUUUCUGUUUUCUUUUGACAAACACUAUCUCAAAUUGCAUAUGUUUUUCCAGAUGUUUCAUUCAAUCGUUAUGUUUAUGGAGCACCAGGUGUUGUAUUUUGCAGUUCAUCAUUUAUACUUUAAUGGUGUAGAUGACAAUUUGUGACGAUAUGUGACUGUGCUUUAAAAAGACUCUACUCGCCAUACUGUAUGAAGAAAGACACACAAUGUAGGAAAAAGUUAAGGUACGUACUAUGUAGUAGAGCAUCUAUUGCCAAGAAUGUAUAGUCUCAUUAACAAGUUCCCUUUCUGAGAAAACCUUUUUUAACCAUCUUUCUAAUCUUAACCAAAGUCCCUCAACUAGGCCUAUAGUGCCAGAUCUCUCUCUGCUCAAAGGUACACAUCCUGUAUUGAUAUAGCAUUGUGAGGUAAUAUUUACAUAUAUGCUACAAUCUCUGCAUUAACAUGUUUACAGGAAUUCUUACUUAGUUUUCAUUUUUGCUCUUAGCACUAUAACAUGAAUUAUUAUUAUUAUUAUUAUUAUUAUUAUUAUUAUUUUCGGUAUGAUCCUCUUUCCUGUUAUGCCUUGGUUACUUUAUGUUAAGUAUGUGUUUUGAAUGACUACAUGAAGUGGGCUAUGGUGGUAUUUUUUUUGUCUAUGUCUUUGGAAUAAACAGAAUGAAAUAAGAUUUUUGAGGAUAUAUGAUUAUCUUAUGAUUUGUAUCUGUGAAUUAUUAAUGACUUUUUAGAAUUAAUUAAGGCCAAAUUCAGUGAGUGUAUCUGCCUUAUUUAUAGAGCAAAAUAAAUCCUGUCAGUGAAAGUC